AUCUUAUUGAUUUUUACGAUUAAAUAUUUUCAGUUUUAUCAAAAACCAUGAAUUUACAGAAAUUUUCAAUCGAUUUUCCAUCUUUAGUUUAUUUGGUGCGAAAUAAUUCAUAUCCAGUCUAUUCAGAUUCUACAACAUUUUUAUCGAGAUUAAAAUCAUAUAAUUCUUUUCCAUCCACUUCGUGUCAAAAUAAAUAUACAUUAUCUGAAUCUGGUUUCAGAUAUACAGGAGUAGGAGAUAUAGUUGAAUGUUUUUUCUGUGGACUUGUUUUACAAAAAUGGACAAAUGAUGACAUACCGUGGGUUGAACAUGCAAAAUGGAAUCCUAAAUGUAUAUUUGUUUUACUAUGUAAGGGAAAUGAAUUUAUAGAAAAUGUAAAAAACGAAUAUGUAAAAGCAGGUCAUGUUUGCGAUUGUAAUGAGUCUAAAUCAUAUGACACCACUUGUUAGUUUACUUACAUUAAUUAUAUUUAAAAAUUUUGUGCACGCAUUACGAAAUAAAUAUUGAAUUUAUAGACUUAAAUGUGUUUGUAUUUGAUUUUAUACCCUGUGAACUUGUUGUCUAGUGAAAUAACGCGUCAUGUUUUAAUUGAAUAUUCUGGGUUUAAAAUGUAAUUUACAGGUUCAACGGAUCAGGUAAGUAUAUUAACCCCCUCUCUACACGUUAUUUGAUUUGAUUUCAAGUUCACAUUAGUUUUUUAUACUAAUUUUAAUAUAAUCAGAUUAAUAUAUAACAGAACUUGAGCAAGUUAUAACCUCAGUUUUCCAAUAUGUGUUGUAACGAUCAUAUAAACGUUAAUGACAUCCG